CGUAAAUGUGCUGAUUGUGUCAUGUCUGAAGCAACAAUGACUUCUGCUGGUAAAGUUUGUCACCAUACCAUGAUGACAGGAAACUCAUCUGGUGAAUUGUCUCUGGAGCCUUUAAUUACAUGCAAGCUCUGUCUAUGUGAACACCCACUUGAGAUGAUGACCAGACUACAAGAAUGCAACUGUAUCUUUUGCAAAAUGUGCCUCAAGCAGUACGUACACUUGGCAAUCCGUGAAGGCUUUGGUUCUUCAAUCACUUGUCCAGACAUGGUGUGCCCAAACCGGGGUAUCCUACAGGAAGAAGAGAUUGCUUGUUUAGUACCUGUUGAUCAGCUACACUUGUAUCAGCGGCUAAAACUUGAAGAGGUGUUGCAUUUAGACCCAUGCAGGACUUGGUGCCCUACUGCAGAUUGCCAUACUGUGUGCCAAGUGAAAGCAAGUGGGUCUAAGGAGGCUGUGCCAGUGGACUGUCAUACUUGUCUUAUACAAUUUUGUUCUGCGUGCAAAGCUGCUUGGCAACCAGAGCAUUCAUGCCAAAUUGGUCAGCCCACUGCUGUAUCUGUUGAGAAGGGAGUCCUUAUCAGUACAGAUGUCGAUGCUUGUAUCAAGCAGUGUCCUGUGUGCCAGAUUUAUAUAGAGAGGAAUGAAGGCUGUGCACAGAUGAUGUGCAAAAACUGCAAACACACAUUCUGCUGGUACUGCCUGCAAAACCUUGAUAAUGAUAUUUUUCUGCGGCAUUAUGACAAAGGUCCUUGUAGAAACAAGUUGGGACAUUCACGAGCUUCAGUUAUGUGGAACAGAACACAGGUUGUGGGAAUCCUUGUAGGUUUAGGUAUUAUCGCAAUUGUGACUUCACCUCUGCUACUUUUGGCAUCGUGCAUCAUUUGUUGUGUCUGUAAAUCCUGUCGAGGCAAGAAGCAAGAAAACAUGGCCCCACCACCCAAGGCCUAGCAUCCUGCCCACCAUAUAUUUGGCUAAAAGAAGCUACUUCCAGGUGGUAAACCAGGCCAUAGAACAAGCCACUGAGCUGUUGUUUGUUCCUGGCAGAUUGCUUCUUUAUUUGUAUGUAUUUGUAUUAUGACCCUAGGGAAAGUCUCCCUAAGGGUGAUAAGGGAAACCUGACGUGGACUCUUUGCCCGAUGUGCCUAGAGGGAUUUGACUGCACUUCACUGAUGAGGCCCAAAGGAGACCAAAACGAUUGUUUAGGGUUGCCAUUUUCCUUGGUUCAUAGGAGAAUUGCCUGGUAUUUCGCAGCUGGACUGACCUUGCUAGUUCUGAUCAGGACUGAUAUACGUCAGGAAAGUUCUCCUCUGUGAAAAGCACAAUUGGACCUAAAAGGAGCUACUCCCAGAUGGUAACCAGGCCAUAGAACAAGCCACUGAGAUGUUGUUGGUUCAUGGCAGACUGCUUCUCUUUCUGUAUGCACAUGUAUUUGUAACAAGGAUGCACAAUAAUAUGGUUUUGGUGCCUUGUACACCAAAUUAACAUAGCCCUGUUUCUUGUUGCUUUGAGGAACACCUAAGAUGGUCCAUGGAAAAGUACGCGUCUACAAUUAUGUGCAAACAUUCAUGAAAAACUGAUUGCUGUGGAAUAUAGCAGCAAAGGAAAUGAUAUUUUAUAUAAAGAAAUAAUUGCCUUUUAAGGAAUAAUGUUUAUGUAUAUAAGUGAAUGAUAUAUAUGUGGUUUUUUAAAAGAUUAGUAGAUGCCAUAGAAACUUGGGAGCACUAUUGAAGAGACUUUCACUUUGUUCUACAUUAAUAACUCUCUAAAAUAAUUAUCAUUUUUUAGGGGGUUAUUUUUACAAUAUAAUUUAAAAAUCAUUAUUCCCUCCCAUAUCGUGGAGCAAUGGCUUUUUGUGCCAAGAUGUGCAAUGAUUUUAGAGCCUUACUUAACCUAUAAAGUAAAUGUAAUUUGAUAUAUAAUGAAUGCAAAAAUAUUUUUUUUAUUAAAAGUUAUAUUUUCCUCCAGAGCUAAUGUAUGUAAAUAAGAUGAUUCAAACUUUCAAUAAACUUGCACUGGUGGAUUAAA